GGGACCCCCUUGGUGUUUCCGCUCUCUCAAUGCCCAUUCUGUGCGGGUUCCUGAUUCUCUGCGGGUUCUUUCCUGCUGAAGACAAUUCUCUUCCUGUUCCAGCCUGCGAUUGCGGGGCUGAACCCAGGGCCCUAAUGGUUUGGGCCCCAGCCUCAUGGGUGGAAUGCACCAGCCACCCCCAGGCUAGACGAGGGGACUCAGGGUCAGGGUGGGCAUUUGUUGUGCCCCUUUUCGACCUUUGUAGGCCAGAGCUGGGUGAGGGGCUGGACAAUGAGCCUCCUCUUCCUUGAAAGAAGGAAUCUUGGUAGAGACAAUAAGGCCCUGUCUGCUCUGGCACGGGGGGCGGUGGCUGACUCAAUUCUGCCCCUUCUCCGCCCCCCAGGCGCUAACAAAUGUCACCAAGAAAUGGGGGCAAUUUUUCCCUCAGUGCCCUGGACAGCCUCCCCAACCUCCCCCACCUUUGUGGUAUCUCGCCCUUCUUUCUUUCCUCAGCUGAUCUUGCCUUUUCUCCCAUGACCUAACCCUACUUUCUUCUCUGCCAGCUCUGCCUCUCCCUGCCCCUCAGUUCUUCCCAUCUGUGUUGGGUUGAAGGGCGGAGGGCAAAGGCCAGGUGUUUCAAAGCCAGUAGCCUCUGUUGACUUGGGGGAGUUCCAAAUAAGGGGCCUCAGGGUUGAGAAGAAACUUCUAGGGGGCUCUUUACUUGGCUGCAGGGGGUGGGGGUGAAGGUCAGUGGGGAUUUGGACCCCACUGAAUUGACCAAGCUCCAGCUAUGGGAGGAGGCUUAUGGGAGGGGGCAGGGAUGGGAGGGCUCUGUCUGGCCCAGCCCCUCCUCCCCUUUGCAGCCCGCCCACUAGUCUGAGAGGCUGCUGCUGAGGCUGCUUGGCCUGAAGUCUCCCGGAGAAAGGCAAAGACAGGUGGGGAGAGAAUGUCAAUGGGGAAAGAGUGGGGUCACUAAGAGUCUUAGAGUGAGUGUGAGUUGGAGGUGUUGUUUGAGUAAGGGGAGUGGGUCCAGGGUGUCUGUGGUGGUGGGGGUGUGAGGCUAGUAGGAGUGUGUUUAGGGUGGGGUCUCCAGGUGCGUGGGUUGUGUACACGGUGUAAAGGGGUGUAAUGGUGGAUAUCUGAGAUUUUGAAGGUAAGAAGAUUAGGAUGGAAGAGGGCACAUCAGAGAUAGGAGGGGCCUGAGGGGAGGUGGAGGGAGUGUGUCAGGCUGUGAGCGUGUAUGGUGCUGCAUGGACCAUGAUGUGCUAAAGGAUGGUGGGUGUUAAAUAUAUGUGCAGGUGCUACAAUCCUGGUGGCUAGUGCAAGUGUGCAAAUGAAUGUCCUGCCUGGCUUACAGGGUACCAGCAGACUGUACUUGGGAGCGCUGGAGCUGGAGAAGUUACUAGGAGAGGGGAAGGGCCUCUAUUAACCUCUUCUUGCCUGCAGCUGGCAGUCUGAAGUCAAGGAGAAUCAUGGGGUCCAGGGCUGAGCAGUACACUGUCUUAGGCGGACUCUGGUUCCUCCUGCUACUGAUGACAGGCGAGGGGGCCAAGGGUGGAGCCCUCAAAGAGAGUCAGGGGGUCUGCUCCAAGCAGACCCUGGUGGUCCCACUCCGUUACAAUGAGUCCUACAGCCAACCUGUAUAUAAGCCCUAUCUGACCCUGUGCUCUGGAAGGCGUGUCUGCAGCACCUACAGGACCACGUACCGCGUGGCCUGGAGGGAGGUGCGGAGGGAGGUGCGCCAGACCCACGCCGUGUGCUGCCAGGGCUGGAAGAAGCGGCAUCCUGGGGCACUCACCUGUGAUGAAGCCAUCUGCGCCAAGCCCUGCCAGAACGGAGGUGUCUGCGUUCGGCCGGACCAGUGCGAGUGCGCCCCAGGCUGGGGUGGGAAGCACUGUCACGUGGACGUGGAUGAAUGCAGGACCAGCGUCACUCUCUGCUCGCAUCGCUGCCUCAACACCGCGGGCAGUUUCACCUGUGGCUGCCCGCCCGGCCUGGUGCUGGGCCCUGAUGGGCGCACUUGCGCGGAGGGGGCCCCAGAGCCCGCGACCAGUGCCAGCAUCCUCAACGUGGCCGUUCGUGAGGCUGGACCUGAUGAGCGUGCCCUGAAGCGGGAGAUUCGCGAGCUGCGAGGGCGCCUGGAGAGGCUGGAGCAGUGGGCCGGUCAGGCUGGGGCCUGGGUACGAGCAGUGCUGCCCGUGCCCCCGGAAGAGCUGCAGCCCGAACAGGUGGCGGAGCUGUGGGGCCGGGGCGAUAGGAUCGAGUCUCUCAGUGACCAGGUGCUGCUGCUGGAGGAGCGACUGGGAACCUGCUCCUGUGAGGACAACAGCCUGGGCCCAGGCCUCAAAGGGUGAAGAUAAGGAGCCUCUGCAGAGUCCCUGCCCUCUAAUUUAUACAGAAACUGGACUCACUAAUCCUCUGGGAUUGGCUGGCUAGGGAGCUGCAGAUAAGGCUAUUUGCCACUGAGGAGCCAUGGACAAUGGAAACCGUGCGAAGCUAAAGAAUGGAGGAAGGCGGCUGCCGCCCCUGAAUCCUCCGGCUAGGGCCGAUGCCUGGGUGAGAACUGCUUUCUUAAGUCCUUAACAAAAACAGCCAGAACGUGCCCAGAUCUCGCUCAAUCUUUAUUCUUGGUUUCUUGCUGUUAUCCAGAUAAUUAAUAAAAAUCAACCACGCAAAA